CUGCCCCGGUGCGGGGUCCGGCUCCAAACUACGACUCCCGCCAGGCCAUGCGCCGUAGCGCAUGAGCCCUACAUAGCUCUAGCGCAUCUAUUAUGCUGCCUUGCCGAGGAUAAAAAGAAGAGCAACCGGAGGGACUAUAAGGCAAACGUUGCUGAAGCUGCCGGGGCAAACAACCAGCCCUCUAGAUUUGGUUUUCUGCUUUACUUUGUUUUUAGUGUUCAACAAUAAGAUGGGGUCAGACCCAGGAAAAAGGUGCACCUCAGAGAAUGCCUUUUGCCCCCUUGAAGGCCACUGAAAAUAUUGGUGGACAGAAGUUGAUGAAGUGUGUUGGAGAUCCAGAAGUCUUAUGAAUAUACAAAAGAUUCACAAGUCCUUGGAAACUUUCUGGAGUUUGUUGCAAGAGCACUGAAUUUGGAGUCAACAGGCCUGGGUUGCAAUCCCAGGUCUGCCACUUACUAUCCGUGUUACUUGACUUUAAAGUUGCAUGGUUGGGCCCUGGAAAUGGGAUGUCAAUCCUAUUCGGGGAGCAUAAAGAAAGAAAGAGAAUCUCCUAGCUGCUGCUGUGACAGUAAGUGAGAUAGAGACUUCAGAAAAUGUCGACGGUAACAUCAGCGAUUCCGGCUCCUCAGGGCCCUGUGAAUCCGCCCCCCCCAGAAGUCACCAACCCUAACAAACCUGGGAGGAAGACCAACCAGCUGCAGUACAUGCAGAAUGUUGUGGUGAAAACUUUGUGGAAGCACCAGUUUGCUUGGCCCUUCUAUCAACCAGUAGAUGCAAUUAAAUUGAAUUUACCUGAUUAUCAUAAAAUAAUUAAAAAUCCAAUGGACAUGGGGACUAUUAAGAAGAGACUGGAAAACAAUUAUUAUUGGAGUGCGAGUGAAUGUAUGCAGGAUUUCAACACAAUGUUUACAAAUUGUUAUAUUUAUAACAAGCCCACAGAUGAUAUAGUCCUCAUGGCCCAAGCCCUAGAGAAAAUUUUUCUGCAGAAGGUAGCCCAGAUGCCCCAAGAGGAAGUGGAAUUAUUACCACCAGCUCCUAAGGGCAAAGGUCGAAAACCAGCAGCAGGAGCACAGAGUACAGGAGCACAGCAAGCCGCAGCCGUGUCCUCUGUUUCCCCACCGACUCCCUUUCAGAAUGUCCCUCCCGCUGUCUCCCAGACGCCAGUGAUUGCAGCAACUCCAGUGCCAACCAUCACUGCAAAUGUCCCAUCUGUCACGGUCCCUCCCACUGUGGCCCCACCUCCUCCUGCCACUCCCAUCAUGCCUGUGGUUCCGCCAACACCACCCGUAGUGAAGAAAAAGGGAGUGAAGAGAAAAGCAGAUACAACCACGCCGACAACCUCAGCAAUCACCGCCAGCCGGAGUGAGUCGCCCACCCCGCUGUCAGACCCAAAACAGGCCAAGGUGGUCGCCCGACGAGAGAGUGGAGGCCGACCCAUUAAACCACCAAAGAAAGAUCUGGAAGAUGGGGAAGUCCCCCAGCACGCGGGGAAGAAGGGCAAACUCUCAGAGCACCUCAAGUACUGUGACAGCAUCCUCAAAGAGAUGCUUUCUAAGAAACAUGCUGCCUACGCCUGGCCGUUUUACAAGCCUGUGGAUGCAGAGGCUUUGGAACUCCAUGAUUAUCACGAUAUUAUCAAACACCCCAUGGAUCUCAGUACUGUUAAAAAGAAAAUGGACAGCCGAGAGUACCAGGAUGCACAAGGCUUUGCAGCCGACAUACGGUUAAUGUUCUCGAAUUGCUACAAGUACAAUCCUCCGGACCAUGAGGUGGUGGCCAUGGCCAGGAAACUUCAGGAUGUGUUUGAGAUGAGAUUUGCAAAAAUGCCUGAUGAACCUGUAGAGGCACCCCCUCCAGCACCUCCAGCUGCACCUGUGGUCAGUAAAAGCACAGAGAGCAGCCAUAGCAGUGAGGAGAGUUCCUCCGACUCGGACAGCUCAGACUCGGAAGAAGAGCGAGCGACCAGACUGGCAGAACUCCAGGAACAGCUGAAGGCGGUACAUGAGCAGCUAGCUGCUCUGUCCCAGGCACCUGUGAAUAAACCAAAGAAAAAAAAAGAGAAAAAAGAGAAAGAGAAAAAAAAGAAGGACAAAGAGAAAGAGAAGGAGAAAGAGAAGCACAAGGUGAAAGCCGAGGAGGAGAAAAAAGCAAAGGUGGCUCAGCCGACCAAACAAACCCAGCAGAAGAAAGCACCAGCUAAAAAAGCCAAUAGUAUGACGACUGCAAGCAGGCAACCUAAGAAAGGUGGAAAGCAGGCGUCUGCCUCCUACGACUCGGAUGAGGAGGAAGAGGGUUUGCCAAUGACCUACGAUGAAAAGCGGCAGCUCAGCUUAGACAUCAACCGGCUGCCCGGGGAGAAACUGGGCCGGGUGGUCCAUAUUAUUCAGUCCCGGGAGCCUUCCCUCAGGGACUCCAAUCCUGAUGAGAUAGAAAUUGAUUUUGAAACUCUGAAACCCACCACUUUACGAGAACUGGAGAGAUAUGUCAAGUCAUGUUUACAGAAAAAACAAAGAAAACCAUUUUCUGCAACUGGGAAAAAGCAAGCAGCGAAAUCUAAAGAAGAGUUAGCUCAGGAAAAGAAGAAAGAGUUAGAAAAGAGACUACAGGAUGUGAGUGGGCAGCUAAAUAACAACAAGAAACCUGCUAAAAAAGAAAAAUCUGGUUCUGCCCCCUCUGGAGGUCCAUCCCGUCUUAGCAGUAGCAGCUCCUCAGAAUCUGGAAGCAGCAGUUCAAGCGGAUCCAGCUCUGACAGCAGUGACUCAGAAUAAACUCUGGACUUUUAAAAAGAAAAAAUGGACAUCGCACACAAUAAUAACUCUGCAGUGUUCCCUUCUAUGGUUAAUAUACUACUUUUGUUCCAUGGUGUGCAGGUUUUCUUUUUUAAUUCAGUGUUAUAAAUGAUAUCUUCCAAUUUUUGCUUUAAUAGGUCAAAAAUCUUUUUUUGUGUGUGUGUGUAUUGGACUUUAUGAAAAAGGAGUUAACUCUGCAUAAAGUCUUUUUAAUCUUGUCUGAAGCUGAUUGCUUGGAAAUAGCAAGAACUUCAAAUAGUAAUGAUAUACACUCAUAGAAAAAACCUUCAAUAUGUGGUCUAAAAGUUCUUGCAAAAAUCCCUUUUCUUAUACCCAACCUGGCCUUCAAUCCCAGAAGGAAUUUUUAAGGAAACUUCUGUAAAAUGGUACUGUAUCCAAAAGAUGUUAGCUUUGGAAAUAGAUGUCGUAUUUGUUAUUAGCACUAGUAUUCUUAACCUCAAGUCUACAGUGUAAUGAAAAUAUCCAAUGCUAUCAUCUUUUUUUUUUCCCCAUUAGCACGCUCAUGCGGUGGGUAGAUGAUGACAAUGUACCUGUUUUGUGAAAACCAGGGCUGGGUCUAAGUAAAGGGGAGAGAGCUAUAUACAGCUCCAAACCUGAGAAUUGAGCGGGUGUGGGGGGGGUCGAUGGGAAAACGGGGUGUGGAUAUUGAAUUUUUCAAUCCUUGUGACUACAGGAGCUCCUAGGAGGGAACGCCACUGCUGUGUCAUGCAGAGUGCAGGUUUCCAAACACUGAAACUUUUACCUCAACACAGAAAAAAAAAAGAAAAAAAGGAGACUUUUUUUGUAAGGCUCAGCAAUUUUCUACGACAGUCCAGCCUAAUGCGUAACCUGCACUGCUGCAGCGCACUCCAUAACCAUUCUCCCUUAUUUCAUGUAUAUAUAAAUACUUUAUUUAUUAACAUCAUUGGUCAUUUAAAAAAUAACAACAAAGAAACUGCAUAAAAAUAACAGCAAAAAUGCAGACCUUUUUAAAUGAUAUGAACAAAAGAUAAGACUCUGAGACCCUAUUUAAAUAUGUUGGACUUUUAACCUACAGGUGCUACAGUUUCCUGUUGCCUGUGUUGGUGCUCAAUCAUGUUUAUGUACUCUCAUUCUUCUUCUUCUCCUUCUUCUUUGUCUUUUCUUCUUCCUACUACUACUACUACUUUUUUUGGGUUCUUUUUGUACAGAAUUUAGAGACUUACAGGUAUAGAUAACUUCCAGCUGCAGCACAUUAAAAUUUUUUUGUUUCGUUUGUUUUUCUUUCUUCUUUUUUUUUUUGUAUUUGCCACAGGUCUCUUUAGGACAGUUUUAAAAUAAAUCAAUUUAGGGAACCCCCAGUUAUAUAAUAUAAACUUUGUAAUCUGAGAAAAAAAUGUAUAGUAAAUCGAAGUCAUGAUUUUUAACUUUUUAUUGUAAAAAAUAAUAAUAAUAAUAUACAGAGUUUAACAGAAGGUUAUGUUUUGUUUUUGUCUUUCCAGCAGGCUGCCACACAGCCUUUAGCACAGGGAUGCCCCAAUUUGUCCAGAUGAGGGUCAGGCAUUGAUUGGCAAAGGGCCAAGAAUGAAAUGAUCAUGCCCACUUUGUAUAAAAAUUGUAGUCCUUGGCCUUUGGCAUGAUGGUAUGACCCCCAGAGGCUAUAAGGCCCAGGCUUGUAGCAAUAGAGGCAGGAAUGUCCUGCCCCUUGGAGACCUAGGCUCUCCACAAGUGCUUCCUCUCUGUUUGGAGGUCGUUGUCUCUGGGCUCCUUCAUAUGCCUCUUUAGGCUCCCUGCUCCAUUGUUUUACACUUUAGCGCAAAAGUUACUGUAUCAAAGCCUAAUUUUCACUUAACUUCAUGUAAUAAAAUCAAUGAAUUGAGUAUUGGAUGGGAAUUGACAUAGUGACAUUCAAUGUUUGGACUAUCUUUUCAUGAAUCUCUAGAUGAUACUACCCACCAGCAUUUCAAUAGAAUCUUUGUGAAUGAUAUAUUAAUUUAGUAGGGAAAACUUUGUUUUUUUAAAUCUCCUCUGACUCUACCACCUACUCUUAAGUUCUGUCAUAUUGUGAUGAGGAAAUGGAUGAAGGAAUAUCAGUUGUUUAAUUACUGGGUUUUUGUUUUGUUUUUUGCUUUUAGAAAAACUUAACAUGCAAAAGGGAGUACUGAGCCAGUUUACUAAAACUUUUACUCAUCUUUGUUGUUCUAGAAAUAGUUUUUAGUUUACCAUUUUACAAUUUUACCCUGAUUUUAAAAGAUAUUUUAUAAAAAGAUUUAAAGGCUGUAUUUAAACUAUUACUUCGAGAGAAUGAAUGGACAAAUAAGUCUUAAUUAUGGUAUUAUUUGUAACAUCUAUUAUAGAACAAAUCAAACAUUCUAAAGUGGAAUAUAUAUUGCAAAAUUAAUGCCAAGAGAUAAGAAUAAUGACUUCUUAUGAGUCUUCCUUUUGUGGCUUCAGUCACUAAUAAGGAAUGGAAAAAGUUUCACUUGUGUGAAAAAAUGAGGUGAA